AUGGAUUCGCAGGAAAAUUUGAAUAUUUCAAGGCCCAAAAAACGUGAAGCGCUGCAGAGCAUUCGGCAGCGUGCUCUUAAAAAGGAUGAUGAUAUCAUAGCAAGCCAAGCUGAGUGCCCGCACGAACAACAAGGUACCAACUUUAGCCGAGAAAGCAGCAUAAGUCGUUCACAGGCUACGUGUGAACAGGAGGAAUUGAUUGAUUCGAAUAAUUCAAUUUCCAACGAUUUAGACCUCACUGACGAUAUGGAGGAAAGAAGUGAUACUCCUGUACCAGAAACAAGCAUGCAUAAUGCAUCCAGCGAAUCAAGAGGAACUCCUUUGAACACGAUGCCAACUUCCGGACGGUCUUGGGUUCCUCCGAAUGAUGCUUUGUACCAACUGGAAUCAAGCAAACCAUACGACCGAGCAAACAGCAACGGCAACAGGAUUUGUUCCAUUGGUUUAAUCGCCGCUUUUGUGAUUGCAUUUGUAGCUUAUACAGCAAGACAAUUUCUACCUGAUAGCAGCGGAAAUGUUACGGUUAUUAAGCAACCACCUUCAGAAGCAUUUUUCAAACUACAAGAGCGGUACACAACGAUCGACGAAAGCCUUUGGAAUGUGUUGAAUGUGACAGUGCAUCGGGCAACUGCACAUGAUAACCCUGAACCUGGAACGGUUCUUUUCCUUCACUACGGGCCCACGGUCAUCCUGGAUGGUUUAAUCAACAGCGUAUCGAACAUAACGGCCAGUUGCUUCGGAAGAACGGAACCAAUCACGCUGGACGGUAAAUACUUCAAACAGCCCGACUUCCAAGUGGACUACGGUGUGAUUCUAACCCAGCAAAAAGAAGCAUUGCGCAAGCAUGGAGUGAUGGUGGUACGAAAUUUCGAAGACGUUCCGGCAUUGGCGGCCAAUGCAUUUCAUACGAUUUGCGACACCGAAGAACCGCUGGUGGAUAGAGCAGUUAUUUAUCUCACGGUGGAUAUGCUCAAAGCAUCCGAUGUGUCGAAGCCACCUAGUAAGCAAAGUGCUACAGCAGAAGCAGAAGAAUUGCUACGUGAAUUAUGGAAGGAUUCUAUGGGUCCCGCAUUUCUUGGUCCCUUGAUCACUCGACUGACGGAGAAUGUGUAUCGCAUUGUUUAAGCAAAUGUUCGUUACAACUAGCUUAAGUAUCGGUUAUGUUCCAAACGAGAAGUGCACGAAGGCUAGCUUUGGACGGCUCUAGUCGGUCGUGAUGCAGGAUUUAUCAUCCGACAGGGUGUACAAGGCAUGUGAAGACCGUCCGUAAAUUAACAGUUUGAUAUCGAAUUAUUAGGCACAAGAAAGACAUUUGUUUUGAAUAAUUGAGGACUAAUAAAGAAGCUGAACUUGAUCGGUGAAAGC